AGCAACAAGGACACACCAAAUUUAUACUCACCUGUACUACUACUGCCUCACAGUCCUCACUCAUUGAUCUUCCUUCUUUCUUAUGAGUUGUCUUCUUAAAUAAAAAGAAAAAAGAAAAAAGUAAAAGACAGAAGCUGUUUUAAGUUCAUGAGCUCGCUCUCAGAGAAAGCGAAGAAGAAUCUUUGAAAAAUAUCGAAAGGGUUAGAAGCCGUGAAGCAAAGCUCGCUCUCUCAUCUGAACCAGUAAUCAUGUACUCUUCCACCAAUAAUGACAUUAGUAGUAGUGGUACUGUAUUUCCUUUCCCACCUUUUAACUUUCCCUUUUCCUCCUCUUCUUCUUCUCAUAACAGCCACCACCCUCUUCUUCCUCAAGAAAAUACAGCCUGUGGAGGCAUUUUUGGCCUACACCGUGAUCAAUUUUCCCUAUUAAACAAUUGUUUGCUGUCACCCGGACCGGAAAGUACUAUGGUCAAUCUCGGAGGAGCUUCAUCAAACGCGAUCGUAUCAUCAUCUGGACACUACCAGCAGCAUUAUGGUUAUGGUAAUAAUAUUAAUCAUCCCUAUUUUGUUUCUAAGGAGGUGAGAGUACCGGUGGUUGCUCUGAAGAAAGACCGGCACAGCAAGAUCUUCACUUCUCAGGGCUUGAGGGAUCGGAGGGUAAGACUCUCCAUCAAUGUUGCCCGUGAGUUCUUCGAUCUCCAAGACUUGCUAGGGUUUGACAAAGCCAGCAAAACCUUAGAGUGGCUGCUCAGCAAUUCCAGAAAGGCCAUCAAGGACCUAGAAAAGAGCAAGUGCAAUAACAGUACUAGUAUAUCAUCUUCUAGUACUUCGGACUGUGAUGAUGUUUUGGACAUAAACAACGAGGCGUCCGAUGACAAGAGGAGGAAGAUGAAGGAGGCUGCUGCUAUAAUGGCCAGAGCAACGCGGGCAAAGGCUAGAGCAAGAGCAAGAGAAAGAACAAGAGAGAAGAUGUGCAGUACUAGUACGAGGAGCCAUCAGAUCUGUAGCCAGUUGAGCUUGUUCAAUGAGCUUGAACCUGCAGAUAUGAAUAAAGAACCGGGUAGUACACUCCUAUCUAAUUGUCAAGCUGAAUAUCAUGAAUCUGUUGCGCUCAAAAGAAAGCUGAAGGCGCCGUCAGUUUCCAAUUAUCAAGAUCGAAGCCUUGAAUUGAACCCCAAAAGCACGGAACCUAGUUCAAAUUGCUGCAGCCACAUUAAUAUCCAAUUUCCGAAUGCAAUAUCUCAUAAUUAUUGGGACAUCAGCGGCAGUGUCUUCACAUGCCCUAGCAUUUGUGCCAUUACCACCAACAAAAAUCUUAAUUCUACAGGGUCUUAAAUCUAUAGCAACAUCUGGGAGGGUAGCACAAAUCAAGGAUUACAAUGACCAUUUAAACCAAACAGAU